GCCCCCCCCCCCCCCCCCGAGCCCCCCUAGCCCUGCUCCUCUGGCCGCCGCCGGCGCGGGCGGUGGUGGCGGCGCCCGGCCGUCGAAGGCGGUGGGCGAAUUCGGCGCGCUCCGACGGGCCUCACGCGCGCGAGGGAGAGGCGUCAAGUGGGCGGCGCGGUGUUUUUCUCCGGUGAGGCGGCGCACGGCGAGGUGCGUACGGAGAGGCGGAGCAUGGUCGUGGGAUUGAUGCGGAGAUGCUCGUGCACGGCGACCUGCUUCGAGCCGUCGGUGGUGGUCGGAGUGGAGACGCGCCUCGGCCAGGGAGGCGGCAGAUCUGGGCCAGGAGUGGCCGCGCAAGCGGCGGCCGGGAUCUGCCGCGGCGGCCGGUGGGUGCGGUCUGCCCCUGCUGACCCCGGCGAGAUUCUGCAGGUGCGGCUGUGGGAGCGAGGGGUGGCGGCGCAGGCUGGUUCUGGGCUGCUUGCGCUCGGGUCAGCGGCUUGGUUGUGGGGAGCAUCACGCGGUGGUGCGCGCUUCUGUUGGAUGUGCGUCGAGGUGGCUCCCCGGCCAUGGGCUCCAGAGCUGUGUCCGUUGCUGGGUUGUCCACCAGGAGGUGGUGUGACAGCCGUUGCUUGCGGCAUCAGCAGCUUCUGGCCGUGCUGGUUGUGGAAGGAGUAAUGGAGUUGUUUGUCCCCGAUCAUGCGGAAGGUGGUAGCUGGACUGCGUGUCCUCGCCGUGCAGGGUGUUGGUGUUCUGUGUCGCUAUGAUCACGAUAGCAAGGUGUUGCGGCAGUGGCGGUGUGAUCCAGCACUGACAUUCUGGCCUCAAUUCUUCGCGGGGGUGGGGGUUGGCCAACGUUACGGAUGAAAAUCCUGCCCGUCUUCGGUUGGUGUUGGCGGCGAUGGCGCCCGUGGGUGUCGUUUCCCUCCUUGGAGGCGUCGCUUAGGUGUGUUGGCAUCUCCCCCGCUUGCUUGGGUUGUUGUCUCCGGGCGAAAGCCUAGGUCUUGGACCGGCGAUGACGGCGUCAUGGCGUCGUUCCUCUGUUGGGAGCAUCGUGGUUGGAGACAUGGCUUGGAGGUUCAGUGUUGUGGUUCUCCGGUGCAUGGCGCUGGUCCGAGUAGAGGUUCUUGGGCGCAAUGUAUGCCGACGUCGGUGACUCUAAGAUGAGAGAGAGAGAGCAUCAUGACUGCCAUGGCUUGAACUAUUUUGCUGAGAUCCUGGAAAAAUUGAAUGGUAUAAUUCUGUUAAUUGGGAACCUUGGAAUUGAUUUUUCACCUGAAAAGGUUGAUCGAGGGUCGGAUAAUGGACGUAACACAGCUGCUAGAGAAGAGAUUAUAAUAUGGAAAAUAUUAGAUGAGGAGGAAGCUAAAGUUGGUAGAUCAAUUGAGCAAGAGUUCCAGACCCAGGUUACACCAAGAACAAGUGCCUCAGAUCAUUCAUUUUUCAGGCAGCGGAAGGAUCACUCCCCCUCCCCUCGCGUCGCCCACCUGAGGGCGACUCGAGGGUGCCCUCGCCCCGUCCGCCGUGACCACCCCUCUUCGGAUCUCACCGCCUCGACCAAAAUGUGAUUUGAGGCAAAUUCUGCGUUUGAGGCAAGGACAAUAAAAGUGAUGGAGCUUUUGGUCUUCAGCACCUUGAAAUGGAGGAUGCAAGCUGUUACUGCUUGCUCGUUUAUUGACUACUUCCUUUGCAAAUUCAAUGAUCAUGACACACCCUCCAUGCUUGCAUUCUCCUGCUCAACUGACCUCAUCCUGAGCACAACUAAGUGAGCUGAUUUUUUGGUGUUCAGACAUUCAGAGAUUGCUGGAAGUGUUGCACUUCCUUCAUUUGGGGAGCACAAGACUUCAGUUGUCGAAAUGGCUACAACUAAUUGCAAGUAUAUAAACAAGGGAGUGUGAUGUGACAGGAAAGAUCCUGAUGAAGUGCUUCCUUUAUGGAAUGCCUAUCUGAAGUUUGGACUAAGAGACAUGCUUUAAUUGGCUUAGUAAAAAAUACUUGCUAAAGAGAAAUAAGAUUCAAAGUAGAUGUUUUUAUUGUAGAUUAGGAUAUGUGUGUUCUGCCACCGGUUCGACUUCUCAUAUUAGAAGGCAAGCAGUUAGUUCAUAUCUUACUACUUUGCACUAUUGUAGAUGGAUGGUGAGGGAUUGAGAGGCUACUACUAUUAAUGUGCGUAAACUUUGCAUCUUUAGCUCUCUAAAUGAAACCGGUGAUGGUUAACCUGAUUUUUGGAGUUCUAUUUGGAGCUUAGUAAGCUUGAACACACUGAAGCUUAUUAAGAUGUUUUUUGGAA